CGCGCUUAAUUAUUUUUCGGACCAUUUUUUUUUCUAUUUUUCGUUUGUUUUUCUCUUUCGUCACUCUUCUCCAAGAAGCUAGGGUCCCCCCCUCUCCCCCCUCGGAUCUGGUUAUCCGAGGAGCGAUCUUGGGAAUGCUCGUGGAUUUGGACCGCAUCUCGUUGUAGGAUUGCAAGCUAAUCUCCGGGACCAUCGUUAAUGGAGAUCGCAGGACCGAUCGCACCCGGCCAGGUAUCGUUUCUGCUUGGAUUCAUCCCUGUUUUCGUGGCAUGGAUAUAUUCAGAAUUACUGGAAUACAGGAAAAGUUCGGCUUCUCCAAAAGUUGGCAGACAUUCAGACAUCAAUUUGGUUGUGUUAGACAAUGAGCCAAAUAGGGAAGAUGAUCGAGCUUCAUUACUAGAGGGUGGUCUUCAAGCAGCAUAUCCGAAAGCACUCCAAGUGUCUGCCACAUCGCCCCUUUUAAGAUUUUGUCUGAUGGAUGAGGCAUUCUUGCUAGAGCAUCGGUUAACGUUGAGGGCGAUUUCCGAAUUUGGAGCUUAUUUGGUCUAUUUUUUCAUAUGUGAUCGGACAAAUCUUCUUGGAGAGUCAAAAAAGAGUUACAGCCGAGAUCUUUUUCUUUUUCUUUACUUUCUUCUCAUCAUAGUCUCAGCAAUGACCUCUUUUAAAAUCCACCAAGAUAAGUCGCCAUUCUCUGGAAAACCCAUACUUUAUCUAAAUAGACAUCAGACUGAGGAAUGGAAGGGAUGGAUGCAGGUACUGUUUUUGAUGUAUCACUACUUCAAUGCAAAAGAGAUAUAUAAUGCAAUUCGUGUUUUUAUUGCCGCAUAUGUGUGGAUGACUGGUUUUGGGAAUUUCUCAUAUUAUUAUGUCCGAAAAGAUUUCAGCCUGGCACGAUUUGCGCAGAUGAUGUGGCGCCUUAAUUUCUUUGUGGCAUUUUGCUGCAUUGUCCUUAAUAAUGAGUACAUGCUGUAUUACAUCUGCCCCAUGCACACUCUUUUCACCAUUAUGGUUUAUGGGGCACUUGGAAUUCUAAACAAAUACAAUGAGCUCGGAUCAGUGAUUGCAGUAAAAAUAGCUGCCUGCUUUUUGGUUGUUAUUCUGAUCUGGGAGGUUCCGAAAGUCUUUGAUAUAGUUUGGAGCCCACUAACAUUCCUUUUAGGUUACAGCGAUCCAGAUCCUUCAAAACUGAAAUAUCCUCGUUUGCAUGAAUGGCACUUCCGAUCGGGGCUUGAUCGCUAUAUUUGGAUUGUGGGAAUGAUAUAUGCCUAUUAUCACCCAACUGUUGAGAGGUGGAUGGAGAAACUUGAAGAAGCUGAAACAAGGACAAGAAUAUCAGUCAAGACAUGUGCUGUGACAGUUUCACUGGCGAUUGGGUAUAUAUGGUAUGAGUAUAUUUACAAGCUGGACAAGAUUACAUACAAUAAGUAUCAUCCUUAUACAUCAUGGAUCCCAAUAACUGUCUACAUCUGCUUGAGGAACUUCACACAACAGUUUCGGAGCUGCUCUCUGACCCUCCUUGCGUGGCUUGGAAAGAUAACAUUAGAGACCUACAUAUCCCAGAUCCACAUCUGGCUUAGGUCAGGAGUGCCUAAUGGACAACCUCGAUAUCUGUUUUCGCUCAUACCGAACUACCCAUUGCUGAAUUUCAUGCUCACAACUGCCAUAUAUAUAGCGGUUUCGCACAGACUAUUUGAAUUGACAAGCACACUGAAGACGGCUUUUGUGCCAGGUAGAGACAACAAGCGCCUCAUGAAUAACGUGAUUGCAGGAGCUGCCAUUUCAGUCAUCCUAUAUUCCUUGUCCUCCGUUUUCCUAAACGUUCCAAGGAUGCUGGUAUGAGUAUUUAUAGUUGGUGGAGUCAAGAACUCUGUUAGACGUAGCACGUUCGGAUGAAAUGGUACUUUCGAUGUCCUUGUGAAAGUGGGCAGCGGAACACAGGCUGGUCAAGUAUCAUAUGGAGCUGCUAGAUUAAUUAUAUAGAAAAGUAGGUGCUGGAAUUGGCAGCCUAAUGAGGUGCUCGUGUGUGUGUUCAUUCUGCGGGAGUGAGUACCCUUGUAGUCUCUUUUAUGGGUCCGGGUUGUGGUGCAAUAAGCUUACACGCUUUAAAAUUUGUAAAGUAUAGCUUAAAAAUCCUCCGAGAAUUGUGGUGGGGAUUGUUAAAGUUCCGUUGUCUUGAAUAUAGCGAGCGUUUGAAUGACUGGGACAGCCGCCGUGACUUUAUUCGUAUGCAACAGUGUUCUCAA